AUGUCGAAUGAAUGUUCGGUGACGGGGAUUGCAUUAAGAAGUUUGGAAACCAUUUUUGAAGAAGAGCACCAUGCCGCAAGAACUGACAAAGUACCUUUGAUUCUACACCUAACACAAUGUGAAACCGAACGGCCACAUGUUACUUGGGCCGAAGGCACUAUCGAUAACGAGCAUCUGGGUAGGCGGAAGAGCAACUGUUGCUGCAUAUGGGUGAAGCCACGUGUUUGGGAUGAUUCGACCACCUGGGAACAGGAUGAAUGCGAAGUUGAACACUGUCGCGGACAUACUCUAAUAGUGCCACCUCAGCCAAAUAAAGAAAUUAACGACCAACGAACAUAA